UUGUGAUAGAGGUUUUGAUUAUAGCUAAGCUAUGGCUGUAUUUAAUUGGCUGGCUCAGAUGAACAGGGUCUGAUGGAAUUAGAAUUACCAUCAAAGACGGCAUCGAACUCGACACAUUUGUUAUCAUGUUCCUCAGCUCAUGUACCUCUAUCAAUAUCACCUUCAACUGAUAAGCUCCCCUCCAGCUCUCCAGCUCACACCUCACCUCAGCCAUCACGACCCAUACAGUUGACCAAGCCACUAAUACUGUACCCAUCAACUGUAAUCUUUAAUAAUAGCCGCGAUGACAGCCUCCACUAACGUCCAAAUCCACUCCAACCGCCAACCGCCCUCGUCCGUUCUCGGAAUAUACCAUCUCCACGAUCUUUCCCAUGACUGGCCCAUGAAAAUCAGACGACCUUACCUUAGCUCUACCGCCCUUUUCCAUUCCAGCUUAUCGGAGCUUCCAGACGCUUUCGAUAAGAGGGAAGCUUAAAGAAUAAGGACCCCUCUGCCCCUCAUUGUGUCACCAUCCAUCAAAUCCUAUAUAUUUUUCACAAGAUACCCGCCACUUCAACUCUUAUUCUUUCUUCAUACAACGAUUUCUUCUUUCUUCUUUCUUCAAAACCUAACUUUUAAAUAUUCACAAUGGGUCGUCUCGCUGGAAAGAACGCCGUCAUCACCGGCGCUGGAGGUGGCAUCGGUCUUGAGACCUCCAUUCUCUUCGCCAAGGAGGGCGCUUCCAUCCUCAUGUCCGACAUCUCUCAACCUGCUCUCGAAAAGGCCGCCGCAAAGGUCAAGCAGCUCGUCCCCGAUGCUCCCCGCGUUGAGAUUCUCGUACGUCCAAUACCACACCACAUCACUUCUUUCGACAGUAGUACUAACUCGUGACAGAAAGUCGACGUCUCAAAGGAAUCAGAGGUCCAGGCCAUGAUCGAAUCCCUCGACUCCUGGGGCGGCAUUGACGUCCUCUUCAACAACGCCGGCAUCAUGCACGCCCAAGACGACGACGCCGUCAACACCCCCGAGAACAUCUGGGACCUGACCCAAAACAUCAACGUCAAGGGCGUCUGGUUCGGCUGCAAACAUGCCGUCCUCUCGCUCCGCCGCAACAAGAAGACCAAAGCCUCCAUCAUCAACACUGCCUCCGUCGUCGCCCUCGUCGGCGCCGCGACCCCCCAGCUCGCCUACACCGCCAGCAAGGGCGCUGUCCUCGCGCUCACUCGUGAACUCGCCAUGGUUCACGCCCGCGAGGGCUUCAGGUUCAACAACCUCUGCCCUGCGCCGCUUAACACACCACUCCUGCAGGAUUGGCUCGGUGAUGAUAAGGAGAAGCGUCACAGACGUGAGGUUCACUUCCCUAUGGGGCGGUUUGGUGAGGCUGUUGAGCAGGCGCAGGCUGUUCUGUUCUUGGCUAGUGAUGAGUCCAGCUUUGUCAACGGGCAUGAUUUUGCGGUUGAUGGUGGUAUGACCAAGUGCUAUGUUACUGCCGAGGGACCUGCGCAUCCUCCUCCCCAGAACAAUGCUAGCAAGGACUCGUUGUAAGGGGUGAAGAGAGGGAGAGAGUAAGCGGGAAGGAUAUCUGUAGUAACGAUUAGUAUGAUUCAAUAAUGAAAUAAAUUGUCACAUCACAAACAGUAGUCGUGUGCACAGUCACUUGCGAGGAUGAACCUGGCUGAUCAUAUACAAUAUCAUUUGUAGAGUAUUCAUCAAUAUACAAAAAGAUACCCAAACUCCGGCGCAUGCUUUUCCUUCUCCUAGCCUCCCUCUAAUGGAACUGUCCCUCAGUGUUUCCCUCGCCCAUACUCUUGCUGCUCGAGCUUCCACUCUGAAUAGCUCCCAGAAUACCAUCAAUGUAGCUUGCGCCACUCCACUUCUGAUGCGUCAAAACAUCGCACUUAAGAUCCUUCUCACGGCGUUGCACGAUAUCAACAUAAGCCUUCAUACCAUCCUUCUUGAACUCGCGCGACAGCUCAGUUGUGAUUGUAGCGUUGGAGUGCAGGCCAGCAAGAGAGAUAAGCUGAAGAACAAAUCCUUCACGAGCAAUGUCCCAGAUGAACGACUUGAGGGUCUCAUCAGUGAAACCGUGAGCCAUCCAGUUGAAUGAGGGAGAAAGGUUGUACACGAGUCCCUUGCCGGGGUUGACCUCGCGAACAGCACGGCCAAGCUUAGUGGCUACUUCAACAUUGGGAUCACCUGUCUCAACCCAGAGGAGGUCCGCGUAGGGACUGAAUGCAAGAGCGCGCUUGGUAGCCGCCCGCAUACCAGCGCGGUAAUGGUAGAAACCUUCGCGGGUACGGGGAACGUCCCAGUUGAAGUACACAGGCUCCUUGGUGUACUUGUUUGCAAGGCCACGGCGGCGGGAGAUACCCAUGUCGUGGUCCUUCUCAGUCUCGGCGAGAUACUCGUCAAUCUUGGCUUGUGAAACACCCUCCUUCUUCAUGUGCGCGACAGCAGCUUCGUCAAAGGUGACGAGCUUGGUGUUCUUGACCCACUGAGCUUCAAAGGCAUCGAUCUCAGCGCCAACAGCACCCUUAGCCUCCAUAGCCUGGAUGGUCUCAGCGAGAGGCUCAAUCGAGGGGUCUGAAACACCGAGAAUGAAUUCGUGGUCGCGCACGUCGAUAGCAGACGAGAGAAGCUUGCCAGACUCAGAGUCUGUUCGAGCAAUGACGAGGUUCUCACAACCCAUGACAUCCCACUGAAAGCGCGUAGCAACAAGACGGUUGAUAUGCUCUCCAAUAGGGACAAGAACCUUUCCAGCCAGAUGACCACACUUCUUUCCACCAUGGAGCUGAUCC